GUGAGUGAACUCUGAUUGGCUGAUUGCGCGAUUAAAGCGCGUGUGAGCCACGUGACCGCAGGGGUUUGCCGGUGUCACGUGAUCCUCCGGCGGCUUGUCUACCGUGUUGAGGAGUGAGGAGGGCGUGAGAGGAGGGAGUGAGAGGAUGCUCCUCGGUGUGUCCGGUGUGUCCGGUGUUCAGGAGUUCAGUUCCAGUUCCAGCUCCAGCUGAGACCCGGAGGACGGGACGAGAUCGAAGCAGGAUGCAGCGUUUGUUCCUCCACCAGCUCGAGGGCAGAAUGGAGAACGGUUCUGGUUCUGGUACCGGUGCGUUAAACAGACGUCGCUCCGGGGGAACAGAAGAGUCCCGGCCCAGAGAGACGAUGCAGCUGAAGAAGGAGAUCUCGCUCCUGAACGGUAUCAGCCUCAUCGUGGGAAACAUGAUCGGCUCGGGGAUCUUCGUCUCGCCUAAAGGUGUGCUGAUCUACAGCGCCUCCUACGGGCUGUCGCUGGUCAUCUGGGCCAUCGGCGGAAUCUUCUCCGUGAUUGGUGCUCUGUGUUACGCUGAACUGGGCACCACCAUCACCAAGUCAGGUGCUAGCUACGCCUAUAUCCUGGAGUCAUUCGGAGGCUUUCUGGCGUUUAUUCGGCUCUGGACGUCGCUCCUCAUCAUCGAGCCCACCAGCCAGGCCAUCAUCGCCAUCACCUUCGCCAACUACCUGGUGCAGCCCAUGUUCCCCAGCUGCGAGCCGCCGUACUCCGCCUCUCGGCUCAUCGCCGCGGCCUGCAUCUGUUUGUUGACGUUCAUUAACGCGGCGCAUGUGAAGUGGGGUACCAGAGUGCAGGACAUCUUCACCUACGCCAAAGUUCUGGCCCUCAUCGUUAUAAUCAUUACAGGCCUGGUGAAGCUGUGUCAGGGUCGUACAGAAAACUUCGAGGGUUUUUUCCAGGGCUCGUCUCAUGACCCGGGAGACGUUGCCCUGGCCCUGUACUCCGCCCUGUUCUCCUACUCGGGCUGGGACACUCUGAACUAUGUCACUGAGGAAAUCAAGAACCCAGAGAGGAAUCUUCCUCUGGCCAUAGCCGUGUCCAUGCCAGUCGUCACCAUCAUCUACAUCCUGACCAACGUGGCCUACUACGCCGUGCUGGACAUGAGCUCCAUCCUCGCCAGCGACGCCGUGGCUGUGACGUUUGCCGAUCACACUUUAGGUGUAAUGAGCUGGACAAUCCCCAUCGCUGUGGCUCUGUCCUGCUACGGUGGACUCAACUCCUCCAUCAUUGCAGCAUCCAGGCUUUUCUUCGUCGGCUCUCGGGAAGGUCAUCUCCCCAAUGCUCUAUCGAUGAUCCACGUGCAGAGGUUCACGCCCAUCCCUGCGCUCCUCUUCAACUGUGCCAUGGCUCUGAUCUACCUGACCGUGCAGGAUGUGUUCCAGCUGAUUAACUACUACAGCUUCAGCUAUUGGUUCUUCGUCGGUUUGUCCAUCGCUGGACAGGUCUACUUACGCUGGAAAGAUCCGGAGAGACCGCGGCCUGUGAAGUUGUCCCUGGUGUACCCUGUGGUGUUCUGCUUGUGUACGGUGUUCCUGGUCACAGUACCCCUCUACAGUGACCCACUCAGCUCCUUCAUCGGCAUCGCCAUCGCUCUCUCGGGCGUUCCCGUGUACUUCCUGGGCGUUCACCUCCCCGAGUCCAAACGGCCACCGUUCAUCUCCGCACUGCUGCGUUCUGUCACUCGAUUCACUCAGUUCACGUGUUUCUGCGUUCUCACGGAGAUGGAUCCUGUGUAAAAAAGAACUGCUUCUCCAGCCCAAUGUGUUCUGGACACCUACAGUCAGGUGAAGGAGCCCCGUCAUGUGACCUGGGACUAGUUGUCCUCUAAGAGACGUGUGCGUGUGUGUGUGUGAGGUGCCUUACAAGGGACGUGAGCCGAUGGACUUCCGAUCGUCUUCCUCAAAUAUAUUUAUCCAUCUGUGUUUUGGAAUUCUAACGGACUCUUUUUAUAUAAUGGUGUAAAAAAAGCGAGUUAUUUAUUAGCUACAUUUAUUUGAGAUGUUUUGGAUAUUUAGAAAGUCUCUUCUACGCUGCAAACAUUCACGUCCUGGCGAGUGAAAUUAUCUCUAAUAUAUUCAGAUUGAUCUAAUUUGCUGUUACAGUAAACCCAGUAUGAGAUAAUUCGACCGAUUUUCAUUCAAUAAAAUUAGGGUUUUUUUUUUUUUAUUUUAGGGAAAAAUAUAAAGCUUGAAAUUAGUAAAACUGGGAGGGGGGGGAAAAAAAAGCUGCAUAAUCUUGUAUUUGAUUAAUAUAUAUAAAAUGGAUAAACUUGUCCAUAUUAAAGAUAUUUUCACUUGA